AGCAUUUUAUAGUACCCAAGCAGGUGCCAUGACGAUUGUAAACAAUAUGGUGGUUUAAACUAUUUUUACUUGAGACGUGAACUUUAAACAGAUAACUGAUAAAAAUGGCAGAUCAAGAAAAGAUACUUCAGGCUGCAAAGGCAGAAAUAGAAUCUGCCAUGAACAAGGCUUUCGAAAACGUGGCUAGCGCUGGUGGUAAUACUGCAGAGACAGAGGAAUCAACAGAAGAAAAACCAAAAGAUUACGUUGAACCGAUCCAAGAUCCUUAUGGAAAAGCAAUCAAAUAUCUAGAAAAGCAUAAUGUCAUGCAACUUUUUCAGGCCUUAACAGCUAGUAUUGUAUACAACAAACCAGAAGACCCCCUGCAGACAAUGAUGAAAGAAAUAGAAACAAUGAAGAAACAAGCAGGUCAAUAGACAUUCAUAUUGAGAAGUUGUGUGUGUGAAGUGCAAUCUGUUUUACAAGAGAUUUAUACCGCUGUCCUUCAGUUGUUGUUUUUGUUCAAUAUACAAUGUUGUUUGCAUAAUAAUCAUUGAAAUUUUAAAUGUAUAAUUGAACAGUAUUAUGUAAAUGAAAAUUACUGCCUUAUUUGUAUAUACUGUAUGAGACUAGAGUUGAUUGUGAUUUUUAUAUAUUGACAUACUGAUUUGAGACUAGAGUGACCUUUUAAGAUACAUAAUAUCUAUGAAUAUUUUUAUGAAUAGUGUAUUUAUUUAAUUUUUUUGAUUACAAAAUUUAACUGCUAUAUAUUAUUCCGUGAACUGUUAAAACAUACCAAAAUUGGAAAUCCCUUUUUUUUUAAUUAUGCUUUUUUACUUAAACUGUUUUGCAUUUUUUCUUAAGAUUGUGUUUUUAAAACUAUGAUAAGUAAUGACAAGUGAAUUUUGCUAUUUUGUUAAACUGGUCACACAUCAUUUUACAUAAUUGUUCAGGUGCUCAGAGCUUCUGAUUACCACAUUCAUAAAAUAAUUAAAUUAAUGAGUUAAUUUAAUCUGGUGAAAAUACUGUCCCAUUUUAUGUUGCCACAGAAACCUUGCCUAAAGAGAAAAUAACAGAGUAAACAUAAAUCAGAAACAAAUCAUGUUUGAUAUUAAAUUAUGUGAAGCAAAAUCUGUGAUAUAGUAGAAAUUAGUUUUGUUUUUGUUAUCAGCCCAUCACUCACAAAAAUUUAAGGUUAAACCAGACACUUAUAGAAAUAAUUUAUUUGAAGAUAUUCAAAAUUUUCUUUUACUUUCAAGUACUAUUUUAAAUUAUGUUAAGUUUCAAGAUAUUUCUCAACAUGAAGAAAAUGAUAACAGUGAAACUAUAUUAUAUUCUUGUUCAUGUAACAUAUUAAAAAAUAAAACCAUUAUAUAUUAGUAGUGUAUUCAGGACAAGGAUAGAGUUACAAUCCUAGGCUAUUUUUAAUAUUAAAAAAAAAAGAAAUCAGAUAAUGAAUAUUGAUAAAAUUAAAGGCCUAUUCAAUAGAGAUCAAUAGACUUCCCUUGAAACCCUGCUGGGACAUAAUCUGACAAAAACCAAAAGGAUAAAUGAAGGGGCUUACUGGGCUGACUACAAUAUAUAAUAAUUAUUUAUUAUUGUGAUUAAUUUUUGUAUAUAGAUUAUAGAUAACCUUAUUUAAGCAUACAUAUGUGCCAAUGUUGUAAUGUUGUAAAAACUGUUAUUUUUUAUAUUGUAUAUAGUUUGUGUAUUUGAAUAUGAUUUAUACACAUUUAUAAGUUGUUGAUUGACAUCAAUCUCUAAUAGAAUAAAAUGAUAUUUUAAACA